AGGCGGUUGCUGGCGGCGGCCGCCGCCCUCCCUUGACCCAAUGGCGCGGCUGCGGCGUCAGUAAUGUGAAGCAGUGAACUGGCUUGUCCGGCCCCCGGGCCUGCAGCCCAUUACACCAUCCGCCGCGGCAGCUGCUGCAACGCGAACGGCCUGGGAGGGAGGGUGUAGACAGCUCCGCGGGGCGGGGCGGAGCGAGCAGCGCGGCCGGAUUCAUUCCUGUGGGGCGCGGGGCAUGGAGGAGCUGUGCGGCCGCAGGCGGAGUAGGGCAUCCCAGGCGUCGGGGACAACGGUUUCCAUUUGAAGGGGCGGCCGGAACCGGAGCAGCCGACGGCAGGAGGACCAGCCCCGGGGCAGUUCGGUGCUCUGCUUCUCCGAUGUUGGAAUGCGAUAGGACAGAACAUACUCUCUGGGUUUUAUAUCCGUUCUGGGUCUCAGUGACUAACAUUGAACUUUGGCUCCUGUUACUUGCCUGCGUGGAGAGUUAAGCUGGAGCUUUGCUUUCAACGAUAAAUAAAGCUUAGCCUCGACUGGACAUAAAUGGAUCUAAAGACAGCGGUGUUCAACGCAGCGCGCGAUGGCAAACUCCGGCUCCUCACCAAGUUGCUGGCAAGCAAAUCUAAAGCGGAGGUUUCCUCCUUGAUCUCGGAAAAAACAAACGGGGCCACACCACUCUUGAUGGCUGCUAGGUAUGGACACCUCGACAUGGUAGAAUUCCUUCUAGAGCAGUGCAGUGCUUCCAUAGAAGUCGGGGGCUCUGUCAAUUUCGACGGGGAAACCAUCGAGGGGGCCCCCCCUUUAUGGGCCGCUUCUGCCGCAGGACAUCUGAAGGUUGUCCAGUCUUUGUUAAAUCAUGGAGCAUCUGUCAACAACACGACUUUAACCAACUCAACUCCUCUUCGAGCUGCGUGCUUCGAUGGCCAUUUGGAAAUAGUAAAAUAUCUUGUAGAACACAAAGCCGAUUUGGAAGUGUCCAACCGACAUGGGCAUACGUGCUUGAUGAUUUCAUGCUACAAAGGACACAAAGAGAUUGCUCAGUAUUUACUUGAAAAGGGGGCAGAUGUUAAUAGAAAAAGUGUUAAAGGCAAUACUGCAUUGCAUGAUUGUGCAGAGUCUGGAAGCUUGGACAUCAUGAAGAUGCUCCUUAUGUAUUGUGCCAAGAUGGAAAAAGAUGGCUACGGAAUGACUCCUCUUCUCUCAGCAAGUGUGACUGGUCACACUAAUAUUGUGGAUUUUCUUACACACCAUGCCCAGACAAGCAAGACAGAACGUAUUAAUGCUCUAGAGCUUCUGGGAGCUACAUUUGUAGAUAAAAAAAGAGAUUUACUUGGGGCUUUGAAAUACUGGAAAAAGGCAAUGAACAUGAGGUACAGUGAUAGGACUAAUAUAAUUAGUAAACCAGUUCCACAGACACUAAUAAUGGCUUAUGAUUAUGCCAAGGAGGUAAACAGUGCAGAAGAGUUAGAAGGUCUUAUUGCUGAUCCUGAUGAGAUGAGAAUGCAAGCGCUGUUAAUUAGAGAACGGAUUCUUGGUCCUUCUCACCCUGAUACCUCUUACUACAUUAGAUAUAGGGGUGCUGUCUACGCUGACUCUGGAAAUUUUAAGCGAUGCAUCAACCUUUGGAAGUAUGCUUUGGAUAUGCAGCAGAGCAAUUUGGACCCUUUAAGCCCAAUGACUGCCAGCAGCUUACUGUCUUUUGCAGAACUGUUCUCCUUUAUGCUACAGGACAGGGCUAAAGGCUUGCUGGGGACUACUGUUACAUUUGAUGAUCUCAUGGGCAUACUGUGCAAAAGUGUCCUUGAAAUUGAGCGAGCUAUCAAACAAACUCAGUGUCCAGCUGACCCAUUGCAGUUAAAUAAGGCUCUUUCCAUCAUUUUGCACUUAAUUUGCUUAUUAGAAAAAGUUCCUUGUACUCUAGAACAGGAUCAUUUCAAAAAGCAGACCAUCUACAGGUUUCUUAAGCUGCAUCCAAGAGGAAAGAAUAACUUCAGCCCUCUGCAUCUGGCUGUGGACAAGAAUACUACAUGUGUAGGGCGGUACCCUGUUUGUAAGUUCCCAUCUCUGCAAGUUACUGCGAUACUGAUAGAAUGUGGUGCUGAUGUGAAUGUCAGAGACUCUGAUGACAACAGUCCCCUACAUAUCGCUGCUCUGAACAACCAUCCAGACAUCAUGAAUCUCCUUAUUAAAUCAGGUGCACAUUUUGAUGCCACAAACUUACACAAACAGACUGCUAGUGACUUGCUGGACGAGAAGGAGAUAGCUAAAAAUUUGAUCCAGCCCAUAAAUCAUACCACAUUGCAGUGUCUCGCUGCUCGUGUCAUCGUGAAUCAUAGAAUCUAUUACAAAGGGAACAUCCCAGAAAAGCUAGAGACCUUUGUUUCACUUCAUAGAUGAUAACUCGAUUGUGCUUCAGCACUGUUAAAGCACGACGUGGGAACAGUUGUUUCAUAAUGAGCACUGUUGUGAUAACACCAGCAUUCAUUUAGCUUGAUAUCAUUGUGCUCUCAUUGGCUAAAGCAUUGUAAGCAUCAACUUUGCAGGAUUGGUUUCCCAGUAUUUAAUAUAAAUAUACCGUAUAAUAUAUUGUUGUGAAUUAUUGAGAAAUGUAAUGUCAUAUUCAAAUUUCUAAAAUUGUCUGCCAAAGGCCAUUCUGAUUUUGUUUGCUGUUGGGUGUUUGGGACAGAGUUAACUGUUUUUCAGUGAUGUCUUUAUAUUUUACUAGUUUGUGAAUUUUAUACAAUUGAAAGUCAUCCUCCCCUGGCUCCCACUUCUGUCUUCAAGUUUUGCCUGUUUCCACUUUUUUCUCCCAAACCAUUUCUGCUACAGUGUUCCCUGAACCUUUGGGUCCAUGCUAAGUCAUAAACCUUAUGGACUUGUUCACCAUUUGCAGUUACCAUAAGUGCUUUAUCUUCUCUAUGCACCGGCUUAAACUGGGACUGUUGUGUGUUGGCAUAUUGUCUAUGCAGCAGUUGGUCACCUUCACCUCCCAACACUGUUUUCUUAGGUUCUGAAGCUCCUUUCACAGAAGCCCUCCUAGAGCAUGUCACGUUCUAGAGUUGCCGGGAAGCUGUGAGCUCAGGCUUUUUCAGAUCUUACAGUUGGUUUUGCUUUAUUUCUUCAUAUCUGAGGUUUCUUUUUUUCAAUCCACAGAAAUUUUGUAUGCUAAAUUUGGGAAACAAAUCUGUUACAAUUCAUUAGCCCAGUUGAAAUUUAGGUCUGUCAUCUUAGGAUGUCAUGCAGUAAAGGAAGACCUUUGUAGAGUGACCUGCAUUUCAUACCGCUCCAGCGUUGUCCUGCUUGUGCUGAUGGUGUGACUAGGUGUAGAGAAUCUGCUUCAGUUUAACUUCAGCCUUUAUCACACAGCCUAGUGACUCACAUUGAGCUACCAGUCAUCGAACUGCAGACCACUUUUAGUUACAAAAGGCUAGAGCAUGUCAGUGGCAUGAUGCUUGCCAAGCCAGACCUAGGCAUCUAAGAUAAUUAAGGUAUUUUAGUAUGCAGUUUACUGCCAUAGGAUCAAAGGUCAAUAACAGUGUUCUUUCUUUCUUCACGUUUAUGUAUAUCUUUUAAAGAUAACGUGCAUGAAUAUUACUUUGAUCUCAAUUAUUUGUCACCCUAUUAAACACAAGAGAUUGCAAAGUGAUUUCUGUCCCCUUAAUGAAAGCGCCUCCUUUUGUUCCUCUUCCCCUCCCCACCACCUCCCCCCUCCCAGCUCUUCCCCCUCCCCCUUUUUUUUCCUAUUGUAGAUUUGUUAAUGCCACAGAAAGGGCUCUUUAGGCUUAAGAGAAGAUAAGUGAAAAUUAAAAAGAUUCAGGUAAUCACUCAGCACUUUACCGUUUCUCAGUAGAAUUUACAAUGAAUGGUACAUUGCCUUGCAGAUGUCAUAAAGAAAUUGUUCUGAAUGAAAAGCUUAUUGAUUCUAGCAAAGAGUCAGUUCGCCUGUGAACUUCAUGAUCUGGGUCACUUGGAUUUAGAGAUGACAUUUUAUUCUGAGGGUUGAUGAAUUGCCACUUAAAGAAUUACAAAUAAUGAAAUUCAUCUUUAUUCAGUAAAAAUUUGUAAUGGGUAGUAAAUAAAGAACAUUAGACUUUUUCAUUAAACAAUUGAGGUUUAAUUCUUUAACAUGUAUCCUUACUUAUUUUACUACAUUUUAAAAUACAUUUUGCCAUUGGAAAAAUGGAUUAGUUAUCAAUGGGCUCUUAAAAGUCACCUAUGAAAAAGGUUUUACUAUGUUUUAUUUACCAUGGGCAAGUGUGAUAAAAUAUUUGAGCUGCUAUAUAUAAGAAUAAUAUAUCAUCUAGACAGAUGUCCUGACAAUAUUUUGAAAUCAUUCCCUUUAAUGGAUGUUGUGAAAGUUAUCUAUGAGUGAGCCACUAUUUUUUUUUUAAGAAAAUUAAACUUGUCCAUUUUCAUGAAUCAUCAUUGGUUGAUUUCACUUUUUGAGUAAAAGAUGACAAUUUAAUUUUAGGGAUUUAAUGUCUUGACUCCCCUUUUUGCCCAGAAGAGCCUGGCUCACAUGCUCGUAGAUCAAGGCACAUCUUAACGCUGUUUUAUAGGUGCACUGGAAUUGCAUAGCCCUGUGUGAAAUAAGGAUAUCUUUACCAGUGGCUUCCUUCACUACGAAUAGAUAACAGAACUGGUCCUUACAUAGUCUUGAACUGCAGUGCUGUAUUGCAGUCAGGAUGCGGCUCUCUCUUUUCUGUUUGCCCUCUUCAGAAAUGCCAUUGGGAGCUCCUGAAAAGAGCAGUUUAGUAGCUCAAAAUUAGCCUUGAUUUUAUUUUAGAGUGAGUUGAUUCAGGAGUGCAACCUCAGAUAACUGUUAGGGGCUUCAUCAGAAAAGUGUGAGACUGAAUAAAAUAAAAUUCUGAAGUUUGUGGGUUUAUUUUUGUCCAUGGUGAGGAAAUGAUCUAAUUCUACUCAUUUGAAUCAAACUAACCUGGACACGUGGUGGUAUUGGCUGGAAUUAAUGUACAGGUCUCAACAUUGUUUCUCCAGAAAUGCCUCUGAAUUUCAGAUGUUCUACAGUUUUGAUCAUUUCUGUAAAAGAAAUGGUUAUUUUAUUCAGAUACCAGUCUCUUUUCCAAAUGCAAAUGAAUUAUAGGUUUUAAAAUGUAAUUUUUUUGUCCUUAUGCUUGACAAGCAGAGAUGUACAAGAUAACUUGUACCCUUAAUGAUUUUGAAGUUAAGCGAUUGCUUAUUUGCCAAGAAGUAAUUUGUAAUAUUUUUUAAAAGCCCAUUUACUAUGAGUUGAGAAAUUGUUUAGGUUAUAUUUGGAAAUUUAGCUUUUUUAAAACCAAAUUGCCCGGCAGUACCCUUCAGCUUGAACGCACAGAUGUGUUAAUCUCUGCAAGUAGUUCCCAGCCGGGGCUGGGUGAGGGAGAGCGGUCACAUACCCUGUACAACAGCACCGUUGCUUGGAACUUGAACCACUUUAAAGUUAGGUACGAAGGAAACUUAGUAUCUAAGGUCUUGUCUUGUCUUAGAUACUAAGAAACUUGAAUUGCUUGUCAUCUUUUUCCUUUUCUUUUUCCCCUUCUGUAUCACUAAAGGACUAUUUCUCUUCCGUUUGUUGGUUCCCAUUGUGUAUUUUUAAAAAGAAGUACUGUAUCCAGAUGCCAGCCAAUAAAUUGUCACACAAUGGAAAAACAAUAUGCCACAGCAUUGUAAGGUUUAAUAAAAUUAAAUUUGCACCAAA